AGUUCACAGCGUGGCGCUGUGCUAGUCUGCUGGGCUGGCACCAGACUGAUGAAUACUUAUCACUAGUUGCAUGGCCGCAAUGUUGUGUUGUGAAAUUGAGCAUCGUCAGUCGUGUUAGGUUAUUUGUUUUUAAAGAAAAUUGUAGAUAUACGCAGUUAAAAUGUCAAAUGAUAAAUCUGCCAUGGAUGUGGAUUAUCAAAGCGAGGACGGAGAAAUCAGGAAGAGUCCGGAUAACUUUUCGGAAGAAGAAGGCGCAGACACGGCGGACUCCCUGGAGAUCAAACCGCCGCAGGCGGUAGUGCGGCAUCGUAAAACGACUUCGCACAGAAGAGACAAACACUCGGACAGAAGUGGUAUUGGUGGUGGCAGUGGAAGUGAUCGCAGCAGAGAUGACAAGGAGAGGAAGUCCAGGCAUCAUGAACGAGGGGAAGAAAGCAGACACAGGGACAAACACAGUCGACAUCGUAGGCAUGAGAUGGAUGUGGUGGUGGAAAAGUCCAGGAGGUCUGAUCCUUCCAAAAGAGACAGAGAAUCCUCCAGGCAUGAAAGAAAGGAAAGGAGCACCGGUGAUCGAGUGCUGGAGGACUUGCGAGAAAGUAACUUUGGUCGUACCAAUUCUAGCAACAAUCAAAGCAGAAUGACCAGCAGGCUACUGGACAAGCGACGGGAGAGGCGCGAGGAGCCACCACGCGAGUACAAAAUGGAUACGUCUUCGUCAUCCAGAAGUCGCGAAGAGGGUCGUAUGAGCGAUGGCCGAAGUGGCGAACGGCGCGAAAUCCGAGUUGAGGAAUUACGCGAGCGUCGGGAGAUGCGAAUCGCUGCUGCCGCGGCCGCAGCUGCAGCCGCCGAUGAGGCUACUAAUAGAGACCAACGUCGAGAAAUAAGGAUGGAGGAGCAGAGAAGCAGGCACAUUCGCAUGACAGAACAAGAUAUGGGCUAUGUCGACGUUGAACUUAUGGAGCAGCAAAUGGCGCAAGAACAUGUGCAGAGGUCUUCCUCUGGUAGAGAGAAGCGGCACAAAAGAUCGCACAAACACGACAGAAUUAGGGAAAGAGAUAGAGAGAGGGAGAAAUUGGAAAAAGAAAUAGCACAUCGCGAGAAACACGCGAGAGAACAGCACCAAGCGAUGGAAGUAAGUGUAUACGAAGAACUAGAACGUAUGGAAGCGAUCGCAGCAGAACAGCACAUGGCCUCGAAUAAGGAUCCACGCGAGAUGACUGAACAGGAGUUACGUCGUCAGAAACUGCUUGACGCAGAACGUGAGAUGGCCCGCAGAAAGGAGAACUCGCGCAUCGAGCUUGAAGCGCGACGAAUGAAGCGAGGCGAGAAACGCCAUCACAGUCCAGAAAUAAUGCCACCUGAGCACGCAAUUGUCGAACUAUCGGACGAGAGUGUUCGGGUCACAAAUAUUCCCUCGGAUGAUGCAAGCGAACCUAAGAGUAACAGGUCUAGAUUAUCAGACGAGGAGAUGAGAGAUGCGACGAGAGAGCAAUCGCCCGAUAAUGAAUCAACAGAUUCGAGUGACAGCAGUAGUGAUGACGAUGAUGAUGAUGAUGACGACGAUGACUCAAACGACUCUAAUAAAGACUCGAACGACGACUCAAACAACUCUGAUUACAAUAAUCCCAGUCCACUGUCAGUAGAUCAGUUGGCUAAGUCGGACAGGUCUGAAAGGUCAGACUCGCCUGGCCAUGUGGAUACAAAUGGUUCUGCUAAGCCUACUAAUGAAACAAAAAAAGAUGUAAUAGAUAUAGGCCUUGAUCUACCACCGUAUUUCCCAGCCAUUCAAGGUUGCAGAAGUGUCGAGGAAUAUAAAUGCUUGAAUCGCAUAGCAGAAGGUACUUACGGCGUGGUUUACAGAGCCGAGGACAGACGUACCAAAGAAAUAGUGGCCCUUAAGCGCCUUAAAAUGGAGAAAGAGAAGGACGGAUUCCCUAUCACAAGUUUGCGCGAGAUCAACACUUUGCUUAAAGCCCAGCAUCCAAACAUCGUGACAGUGCGAGAAAUCGUCGUCGGCAGCAAUAUGGACAAAAUAUUUAUCGUGAUGGACUACGUAGAGCAUGACUUAAAGUCUCUCAUGGAGACAAUGAAAUCAAAGAACCAAGUGUUCAUACCCGGCGAAAUUAAAUGUUUGAUGCAGCAGCUAUUACGAGCCGUAGCGCAUCUGCAUGACAACUGGAUCCUGCACAGGGAUCUCAAAACGUCGAAUCUGCUACUUAGUCACCGAGGAAUUCUCAAAGUAGGUGAUUUUGGUUUGGCUAGGGAGUACGGCUCGCCGCUCAAACAGUAUACGUCCGUUGUCGUGACGCUGUGGUAUCGAGCGCCUGAACUUUUACUUGGUAUGAAGGAGUAUAGCACUCCCAUCGAUAUGUGGUCAGUUGGAUGCAUUUUUGCGGAAUUAUUGAGGAUGGAAGCACUUUUCCCAGGAAAAUCAGAAAUCGAUUAUCUCAACAGGGUAUUUAAAGAACUGGGAACGCCUAGUGAUAGAAUAUGGCCUGGUUACAGUAAACUGCCGUUGGUCAAGAAAAUACCAUUCGCGCACUAUCCUGUAAAUAAUAUUAGACAACGAUUUAGUUUAUCUUUAUCGGAUGCGGGAAUUGAAUUGUUAGCCAAGUUUUUAACUUACGACCCAGCCCAGAGAAUAACAGCGGAUGACGCCCUAAAACACACUUACUUCACGGAGUCCCCGCUACCGAUCGAUCCGGCCAUGUUUCCCACGUGGCCAGCAAAGUCGGAAUUCGGCGCGCGUACACUAAAUGCCUCGCCAAAACCUCCAAGCGGAGGUAAAGAGUUUAAGCAGCUUGGUGAAAAUGACGACGAGGACAGUGCCUCGGGUUUCCACAUGGGAUCAAGAGAAGCAAGCAGACAGCUGCCAGUGGGUGGCGGCUUUCACCUCAAAUUUUAAAAACAAGUUGUUAUAAGACUGUACAGAUUAAUAAUAAUAAUAAUAAUACUUUAUUUACUGUAUAUA